CAGCAUUUGAAAAAUAUUGUGCUGCCUCCUUCUGCCUACCGUGGUAUCUGGAGAGGCCUCCUGUCAUUUGAAUUGUUUUUCAGAACACCGGAGGCAAGGACUUUUGCUGGAGUGAAAUGGAGGCCUCGGUGAUACUGCCCAUCCUGAAGAAAAAGCUGGCCUUCCUUUCAGGAGGGAAGGACAGACGCAGUGGACUCAUCUUGACAAUUCCGUUAUGCCUUGAACAGACAAACAUGGAUGAACUGAGUGUCACUUUGGACUAUCUACUCAGCAUUCCAAGUGAGAAAUGUAAGGCCAGAGGAUUUACUGUGAUCGUGGAUGGCAGGAAGUCCCAGUGGAAUGUGGUGAAGACAGUAGUCUUAAUGCUGCAGAAUGUUGUUCCGGCUGAAGUAUCCCUUGUAUGUGUAGUGAAGCCAGAUGAAUUCUGGGAUAAGAAAGUAACACAUUUUUGUUUUUGGAAAGAAAAGGAUAGACUUGGCUUUGAGGUUAUUUUAGUGUCUGCCAAUAAGUUGACUCGUUACAUAGAGCCAUGCCAGUUGACAGAAGACUUUGGUGGGAGCCUUACCUAUGACCACAUGGACUGGCUAAAUAAGAGGCUGGUCUUUGAGAAGUUUACAAAGGAGUCCACAUCAUUGCUAGAUGAACUUGCUCUGAUAAACAAUGGAAGUGAUAAGGGGAGUGAGCAGGAGAAAGAAAGGUCUGUGGAUUUAAACUUCCUUCCGUCUGUUGAUCCUGAGACAGUUCUUCAGACAGGGCAUGAGUUGUUAUCUGAAUUACAGCAGCGUCGAUUUAACGGCUCUGAUGGAGGAGUCUCGUGGUCUCCUAUGGAUGAUGAGCUGCUCGCACAGCCACAGGUUAUGAAGUUGUUAGAUUCACUCCGGGAGCAGUACACACGCUACCAGGAAGUCUGCAGACAGCGCAGUAAGCGCACACAGUUAGAGGAAAUUCAGCAGAAAGUGAUGCAGGUUGUGAACUGGCUUGAAGGGCCUGGAUCUGAACAACUGAGAGCACAGUGGGGGAUUGGUGAUUCCAUCAGGGCCUCCCAGGCCCUGCAACAAAAGCAUGAGGAGAUCGAGAGCCAGCACAGUGAGUGGUUUGCAGUAUACGUGGAGCUUAACCAGCAGAUUGCAGCACUCUUGAACGCUGGGGACGAGGAAGAUCUGGUGGAGUUGAAGUCUCUGCAGCAACAGCUUAGUGAUGUUUGUUACCGACAGGCCAGUCAGCUAGAGUUUAGGCAAAAUCUCCUACAGGCAGCUUUGGAAUUUCAUGGUGUGGCCCAAGAUUUGUCUCAGCAGUUGGAUGGCUUAUUAGGUAUGUUGUGCGUAGACGUAGCACCAGCUGAUGGAGCAUCGAUUCAGCAAACUUUAAAACUGCUCGAAGAGAAGCUGAAAAGUGUUGAUGUGGGAUUGCAAGGCUUACGAGAAAAAGGUCAAGGUCUCCUGGAUCAGAUCUCCAAUCAGGCUUCCUGGGCCUAUGGAAAGGAUGUAACUAUUGAAAAUAAAGAAAACGUGGACCACAUACAAGGAGUGAUGGAAGAUAUGCAGCUUAGAAAACAAAGAUGUGAGGAUAUGGUAGACGUGCGGAGGCUGAAGAUGCUUCAGAUGGUGCAGUUGUUUAAAUGUGAAGAGGACGCUUCCCAGGCAGUAGAAUGGCUAAGUGAACUUCUGGAUGCCCUGCUGAAGACCCACAUCAGACUGGGCGAUGAUGCUCAGGAAACGAAGGUUUUACUGGAAAAACAUAGAAAAUUUGUUGAUGUUGCACAGAGUACGUACGACUAUGGCAGACAGUUGCUGCAGGCAACGGUUGUUCUGUGCCAAUCUUUGCGCUGUACUUCCCGGUCUUCAGGGGACACACUUCCUCGACUGAACAGAGUGUGGAAGCAGUUUACAGUAGCGUCUGAAGAGAGAGUGCAUAGGUUGGAAAUGGCUAUUGCCUUUCACUCAAAUGCUGAAAAGAUUUUGCAGGACUGCCCAGAAGAGCCUGAAGCGCUUAAUGACGAGGAGCAGUUUGAGGAAAUAGAAGCAGUUGGGAAAUCACUUUUGGAUAGACUCACUGUCCCUGUGGUUUACCCAGAUGGAACUGAACAAUAUUUUGGGAGUCCAAGUGACAUGGCUUCUACUGCAGAACACAUCAGAGACAGAAUGAAACUGGUCAGUCUCAAAAGGCAGCAGCUGAGACAUCCGGAAAUGGUGACCGCAGAAAGCUAAUGUCCCCAGCUCCCACAGAUCUGCAGGUCAUACGCUGCCCACACAUCUUCGCCGUUGGCAUACUGCUGUGCUAGCCACAGCUCAUUAAGAUGCAUUUCCCAGCAGGAUAAGCCUCCUUUCUUCCCACAACACGUCUCUAAAUGCUAACACCUCUUGGCUCCCGAGGCAUAAUCAUGUAACAUGCUUAGAUGCUCUAGACUCCAGGUGUCUUAAAGAAGGAACUGUAAACACUGCACUGAGUCCUUGCUUUCACGCUUUACCUGACUUGUCAGUUUGUAGAUGAACAACUAAAAACAAGCUUUUGAAUGGUGCUAAUCGGAGUUUAGGAAUUCUCUAUGAAAACAUGGUUGCCCCUCCUCCCCAGGUGAUGUAGACCAUUUAGACCAUAGUUAAACUGUUAGUGGAUAGUGAAUACAAAAUUUUACUUUGUGAUUCUUCAAAAUUGAUUAUUUUUAUUGUCUAUAUGAAGAAAACCCUUCAGAUCUUUGAUAUAUCAUAUUCAUUGGAAGACAUUUUCCUAUUGUAUUCAUAAUGUAUUAAAAGUUGUUUGUGCUUAAUAAAAGUCUUCUUUAAGUAUCUUAUUAAUUUGGUAGUUACAUCCUAAUUCUAAACAUGAGUGCCUUAAUAAAAGGGCAUUCUUUGGGUUGUGAGGAUGGGCUUUUGGUUUUGAUGGUGGCUGCAUGUAUUUUAGGCAGGAAUUUCAUAUGUAUGCAUGUGUAUAUAAUAAAAAAUAAGCAUGUUUAUUGUGAAAAAUUAGACCUUUAAGAACAUAAUAAUAGAAAACUAUUUUUAAUUUUUCUCUUGAAAAUGCUGUCCAAAUUGUUAACUACCCUAAAGAUACUUGUCUUUGGGCAAAGAGGGCUAGGAACAAAGGUAUGCUUAACUAUUUCAAUAUAGUCUUUUGUAUCACAGUAAUUACUCUGGAACUAAACCAGAAAUUGUUAAUAGUAUUUAAUAUCUCAUGAUGCUAGAGGCAAAAUCAUCCUGAAGAAGUCUAGUCACAAAAACUGUACAGAUCUUUAGAAAUAAAAUUUGUCAUAAAAUUGUAAUGCUUUUAUGUUUGUAUUAAGUUAUAAAAUGUAUAUAAUUUAACAUUGUGUUAAUUUUUAUUUUAGCAGUUUUUUGAAGGUGAAAAACAACUAGGCUUAUGAUCAGUACAGAAUUAUGCAAAGAAUUAUAUGCUGGUUUAUUUUUUGUGGUCUAUAGAGAUACUCGCAUACCCUCCUAUGCUAAAGCCAGUUUUCUCCAGCCUUGUCUCUGCCAGCCUUGAAGAAGUCUAUGUUCUUUGUCUGUUCAUCCUCAUCACUCACUCUGCAGAGCCAUUUAGUUAGCAACUACACCUCACUAUAGGAAAAUGUUCUUUUGAAAAUUAACCAUAGUCUUCCAGUUACUUAAUUGAAUGUUUUUGCUCUCUGUCACAUCACCUCCCUUUCUCUCCAUUUCUAGCAUCUCUCCCAAAUCCAUCCCUCAAAGAUGUUGUCUUCUGCCGUCACUGUGAGUGUAGUUGUGAACUCAUGUAGACUAGGUCUGUUGCAUAUGUGCACUCUGCUGCUGUCCUCAGCUGUGACUUAUUAGGCAUCUCAUCCCUAGUGUCCUACAUUACAUGUCUGAGUUAAAGCACAUGGCUCUCAGCUUCCUGCCUGUCAUUGCCACCUAAAUGAAGGAUGUAUCAUACUUGCCUUUUCUUCCUGGAGUAGUUUUUGAUCAAUGGUGCCACAAUGUCCAGGGCAAAAUUCAAUUGCUCCCCAUGUCUUACACUGCCACUGCCUCUGAGACCAUCCACAAGUUCUUUCUAUACUUGAUAACCCUUCUUCCGGGCUUUCCUCCUGUGGGAGGAGCUCCUGUGACUCUUCAGUCUUUAUGACGGUGCUAGCCCUUUCCUAGAAUGUCAUAAGGUCCUUCAUGGGUCUUACUGUUGUCUCACAUGUCUUGUGCCUAGACUUUUCCUUGUGUGUAACAUGCUCAGUCCUACACAUGUGUUCCAUUGUAAACAUUAGUAAUAAUCCCUCUUCUACUGUAGUCUGGUGUGUAUUUGAAUGGUGGUAUUUUCUAGAGUUAGGGAUGACUUAUAAAUGUGCUUCUGUGGAAUGUGUAUGAUGUUAGAUCCUUAGACAUGUUCCUUUUAGAUGUUUGCUUCUUAUAUUUAAUGUGUUUCUUUUACUGAGUUUCAGUCAUCAGUGUUUUUAUUAUGACUUUGUAAUUAUGCCAUCAGCACAUGGGUAUGUAAUUCCAAAUUAGUUAACUUUCAUACAUUAAGCUCUCUUUCCUGCAAAAAAGAUAAAGCAAAAUAUGGAAAUGCCAUGUAUGAUUUGAAUAGUCACAUGAAAUUAGAUACAUAGUCACUCUUCAUUGGCAAAUGUGUUGCCCUGUUUCUGUAUGUGUGUCUUUACAGAUGCACAAGAGUUACGAAUCAAAAGCCAACAAUGCCCGGAACUGACUUUUCUCAUAUGGCCACAAUUCACUGAGAGGACACAUGAAGGAUGUGGCUUCAAUUUGUUUGAAAUCUCAGGCCUUUGCUAUGUUGAUACUGACAUUGGCCUACAAAUGUAAUUAAAAAGAAAGUCUUCUUUCAUUACUGGUUCAUUGCUAUAGACCCUGCAUUACUUUAGUCCCUCCGAGGUAUUGACUGACAUUUUAGCUGGGCAACUUUUGUUAGGUUGUGUCUGUUUGCCUUCCUCUUUCCUUCCCUCCUUCCUUCCUUCCUUUCUUCCUUCCUUCUUCCUUCCUUUCUUCCUUUCUUUCCCCCUUUCCUUUCCUUUCCUUUUUUUUUUUUUUUUUUUUUUUUUUUUGCCUGUGUCUUUGUUCCUGUGUAAACCCAGUAGACAAUGGCAGUUUGAUGUCUUCUCUUAGUGCAUGUCUGACUCAGCAGAGCUAUGGUACAAAGAAGACAGCUUCCUUUAGAUCAGUUUGGCUUCAUUCCAAGUUCUCAUUGCUUUGGCCUUACUUUACAAGGGGGAUUCAUUAGUGACAUUAGUGAAACUGCUCAGCAUUGGGAUUCAGUACUGCAGAGUUGAGUGGAUCUCUUACUUUAUUGGGGUUUAAAUCAGCUUGUGAAUAUUACCUGCUCUUCAUAUGCUUGUCACUUCAUUACUUUCAGGUGAUGUGUGGUAUGCUGUUACGAUUGUUACUGUCAUUCUUCCCAUUGAGAACAUGUCAAGUUGCUUUUUUUUUGAUAGUGCUAAACAAUCUUAUUUCAUCUAAACAAUCAUACCACUGCACAGUAUGUAUCCCACUACACAGUAUACAUUGGCAGAGAUCAUUCAGCCUUCUUUUAUAUGCUAUAUAACUUUCCAGAAGAGAUUUGGUAUUCUUGUGGAUGUCUCACACCCUACCCAAAGAACACUGAGUCAUAAAGAACACAUGAUGGCUGCUAAAAACUAAAGCUACUAUAGCUGGUGUACUUCUGUAGAUCUUGAGUCUGUAUAGAAGGUACAGGCAGAAAUAAGCAUCAGUAAAUAGGAUAACAUCCACUACAAGACUUGUACAAUGCUAGUAUCUUAGAUUAAGGACCCAAAGAAAAAGCUCUCCAGAAUUUAAAAAGAUGGUGAAGAUAGCCAGACUGUCAACCGAAUUAGUAAACUUGGCAGUGCUGACUUUCAGGUCUCAAAGUAAAGAGUCUCAGUUGAGAGCAGAAAGUAUUUUCUGAUAUGUAGCCAACAAAUAUCUUGGAGAAACAAAAUGAAUAGCAUUUGACACUCUUUGACUUUACAAAAUCAAUAGAUGUCAAUGAAUAUCCCUGAGACUCUAAAAUAUGAAAUGCACAAGUCAUCAAUUUCAAUAAUGAAAUAUAAUAAUCUGUAGAAGUAUUUAAAACUGAAGGGACAUGUACAGUGGAAGGCAUCAUUGCUAUGAUCCUUCAGAGUAGAAAAUAGUAUUCCUUAAUCUUGGAAUUCAUGGACUGGUAGAGAGGACACGGUUUAUCCCCUCUGUUCCAUACUCCCUUCAGCCCUGACCCCUUCGUCCCUACCCCUUCACCCCACCCCUGUCAUCCAUACUCCCUCACCUCUGCCCGUCAUCCCUACUUCUUCACCCCUGCCCCUUCAUCCCCACCCCCAUCUAACAGUGGAUAAGGAAACAUACAUUUAGAUUACAAGCCUGAAGUACUGAGGGUGGAGCUGGCACCCUCAUCAGUGAGUAAAGCUUUAAAGCCGACAGAUUCCCUGCUGUGGGAAGAUAACAAAACAUUAAGAUGGAAGACACGACACAAGUAUCAUCUAUGUUGAGUUUGACGGGGCAUGAGACAACUCUAUUAACUCUAUUAAUUAACACAAUCUGAAGAAAGUUACAGGAGGAGUGCAUUAAGAAGGAAACGAGCUAUAAAACCAAGAGCGUAUAUCUGAGAUUUGUAGAAUCUUCCAGUACUGAGGUAAACAUGGCUUGAGACCACCAUUAGUGCUAGUCUUGGUUAGAGAAGAUGCAAUUUGACAGACAGGUAGUGAUGGUAAUGGGGAAAGACCAGUUGUGUAAUAGACACUUAAAAGUGAGGGUGUGCCGUGGUGGCGCCAGUUGGUGGAGGUGAUGCUCAGCGUGACUUAAUGCCCCAGUAGUCAUUUAAAGCAAACUUGAGAACAAACGCUAGUCUGUCUGUGUACUCCAGGACAAAGCAGAACCUGUGCUUGGACACGAAGAUCUUCAAGAGCACAGGAAAGCCAGCACUGAAACUAAAUAUUAUGAAAGCUGCUGAGUAAAUGUUUCAAAGAAUCAAGAUUAUUUUUGUGAGAACUCUUUAUGAGGCAAGAUGCAGUAUAUAAUUCCUAUAUGUCAUGACACAGGAAUUCUAAACAUAGGCUAAAAAUAGUGACUGCCAAGCUUUUAGAGCAGAGAUGUGAAGGGUGUGAAGUAAGACGUGUGAGACACCAUUUCUGACCAGGCCACGCCUUCUGGGGGGUGGGGUAAAUGUCAAACCUGUUUCCCAAAGUUUUAUUAUAAAAAUUUUAAGUCUAUAAAGUUUAAAAAAGUUUCAUAGUGUCCUCACCAUGUGGACGUAGUUACACUUGCUUUGUCACAUGCCCAGCCAUCUGUCCACCCAUCCGGAUUCUUUUUUGAUGCAUCUAAAAUUGCAAGCCUCUAUAUGCUUCUACCUAAAUACUUCAGCAUACCUCUUACUAGCAAGGGUUCCAGACCUGCUUAUAGCUUUCUUUUGGUAUAAAAUUGACAUGCACUGUGUUUUCAUAAAUACAUGGAGUACUAUAUAGAGGAAAACCUACCAUUCUAGAAAGUUCUCAUGUGGCCCUUCUCAUCAGUCACUGACCUCCACAUGACAAGCACUGCUCUUUUUCCUACUGUAAGUUUGUUUUGUUUAAAGCUUGUCUUUAUUAGCAUCACACAUCAACUACUUUCUUUGACAAGGCUUCUUCACUACCAUAAUAUUUGGGAGAUUUAUCCAUGGAGUUGGUAUUACUAUUUCAUCCCUAUUGUAUUGCUGAAUAGUGUUCCAUUUAUUGUACAUGACCACUUGUUUUUCCAGUUUCUUAUUGGCUAACUGAGCUAUUUAGGAGCGGCAAUUAUGAACAAAGCUGCAAUGAUCAUUCUUAAAAUACAACUGUGUGAAUAUAGUUAUUUGUUUUCUCGUGGGUAAAUACUUAAAAUUGCUGGCUCAUAGGAGGUUUUUUUUUUUUUUUAAAGAAACCACCAUCCUUUCCUCCAAUGUGAUUGUUCUGUGCUCUGAUUAUUAUAUUUUGAGUAUGUAAAAAGUUGUAAACUAUUUUUCUGACUCCCAUGUUUAAAUAGUAAGGAAGUUGGGGUAGAAUGGAUAUCACUCGUGUUUGAAUGUGCUAGUUGGCAUUUCAGGGAAGUAAGGGAGCCCAUCUGCCUCAAAACAGCUCCCCAAGAGGUUCCUAAGACAUGAAAUUUUAGAAUUAGCUCCACUCUGUGAAAGGUUAGACUCUAAGCAUGCUAAUUUACUAGCUAGAAGAAAUGGCACUAGCUCCAUUAUGCUACAUUUACCACCCACUCUCAGUAAAGAACGUAAAGCAUCGUUGAGAAGUAAAGAACAUUUUGUGAUGGACCAGAAAAGUAGAGUGGACCAGAAAAAAAUAAACAAGAUCAUAUACAAGAGUCAGUUCCUGGUACCACAGCAUGAAAAAAGAUACCUGAAUGAGGAAGUGCCCCUGUGGUGGUCAGGAAAGCAGAAACUAGGAUGGCAAGAACUCUACCUCACAGUUUUACAUAGCAGAUAGGUAUGGUUUUGUAGACUUUUAACUUUAAAGGUCACAGUUUCCAUCUUUUCAGCCUAGGUUUGUUUGUUUCAUACGUGGGUGACUUUUUUCUACUGUGUACCAUCCUCCUGUUCUAUUACACAGAGUAUUCGCUUGUGAAAUUAUAAUCAUAUAUAUGUUUCCAAUACCCAUGUUCAAAUAUACCAGUGCGUGAUUUAUCUAACCUUUCCGAUAGGAUUUUUAAGGGCUGGGAAAUUUGGCUUCUAUUGUAUAUCCUUAUAAUGUGCCCACGUUGUAAAUAUGCAAUAAAAAUCAUAAAACACAA